AUGCUCAUUUUUAUUUUUUUUUUUAUUAGAAAUUUGAUUGCAAAAAACUACCGAAUUUAUCGCGUAUUCAACAACAUCUUUAUUACACGAACACUUGUUCGCAACUCUGAUCUGUUGAAAGUAUCUGGCAGUAUACUUCUGUUGGAAACCAUUAUAAUUGUCUUAUGGUUUUGUCUUUGUAUUCCUCAGACUCGAUCAAAUCCUGUAUCUCAAAAUGCAUAUUAUCUAGGCUGCUAUUACAAUGGACCUUCUCAUCCGCUCUUUGUUACCUUAUUGACUCUGAUCGCUUCAUGUGAAUUGGCUUUUGCAACCUUCUUGGCAUUCAAGACUCGAGCAAUCGGAAGAAACUAUUCCAAGUACAGCGAAUACAAGCAGAUUGGACUCUCUAUAUACAACAUCUUUUUCUGUGCUCUCAUUGGAACUAUAGUUUUCUUUUUACCAACAGCAGAUUACUAUACUCAACAUUAUCUUACAGCAACCAUGAUAGUUUGGGCCACUACAUUUUGUCUCUUUAUUCUAUUUUUACCAAAAUUCGUUCAAUUCAGGCGGAAAUCAUCAUCCCAUCGA